CAUGAGUUGUGAGAGAGAGAGAGAGAGAGAGAGAGAGAGAGAGAGAGGAAAAAGUUGCCGGAAGCAGACUAUAAACAAAACUCAAUUAUUUGACCACAAAAAGCUCCAUUAUUCACAACCACUUUUUCGAUAUGGAAACAAUUUGUUACAAUUUUAUAUGCCAGACAAAGGUUCAGAAGAGCAAAAGACAGAGAGUAGAAUUAAAAAAGAAAAACUGAUUCGAUGUGGUGUUAUUGUUGCGUUGAAGCCAUUCACUCUGUUCUGGCCAUCGCCAUCAUUGCCCAGCUUUAAAUUGAACAAAGUCUUUUUUGUUUUUUGUUUCUGUUUUUUUGGUUGUCUCUCUCUACAUACACUCUGUCCCUUGUGUCCCUCUUUGAUGUGCUCUAUCUGUAUCAAUUCUUGAUUCUGUGUAUCCGAAAACACGUUUUGCCAACUGGGUUUUUGCCAAGAAUUCAAAAAAGUGACUUGUUCAGUAAAAGACUCGAACUUUUGACUAUCUGAUCCCUGUUUUGGGGCGCUUGAUUUCUGGGGUUCUAAAGAUGACUGCCGAUGAAAUUAGGGCUGAAACUGGAAGUUAUGACAAAUUUCCAGUGGGUCUUCGUGUUCUUGCUGUUGAUGAUGACCCAAUUUGUUUGAAGUUAUUGGAGACUCUACUUAGAAAAUGCCAGUACCAUGUUACUACAACAAGUCAGGCAAGGAUGGCAUUGGAAAUGUUGAGGGAAAAUAAAGACAGAUUUGACCUGGUAAUCAGUGAUGUGGUUAUGCCGGACAUGGAUGGUUUUAAAUGCUUAGAAAUGAGAAAGAAAGGAAAUCUUCGUGAAUUGGAAAAUUGUCCUCCAAACUGGCAUGCCAAUGAAUGGAUAAAUACAACCUGUUCUCUCUUGCAGAAGUAUAGGCUUUACCUGAAAAGGAUCAGUUCAGUUGCAACCCGACAAGCGAACAUGGCUGCAGCACUAGGGAUUAAGGAUUCUCCUUUUAUGCGUAUGAGUUCGUUUGACGGGCUUGGAGAUUUCCCAACUUUGGCUGGAUCGGGAAGAUUUGCAAAUGCUGCUUUAUCUCCUUAUACAACAAGACUAAAUAGUCCUGCUGGUGUAAACCUUCGUAGCCUUACUCCUACACUCAUCCAACCAAAUGUUGCACAAAACUACAGCAACUCCAUCAGUGCUCUUGGGAAAAUUCAUCCAGCCAUUUCAGCUGCAAGCCAAAAUGCAAGUUUAUUUCGAGAAAUUCCAUCGUCAUUGGAACUGAAUCCGUUACAACAGAGUGGGUGCACCACUGGCAUUGGGAAUUUCAAUUCUAUGAAUGACACGAGAAUUUUAACAGCUUCCAGUACAUUCAAAGGCCCCAGAGCAGCAGUUGGUAGCUCAAGCAACUCUUUAAUCCCUGCUCCUAAUAAUCCCAUGGUACAACAUGGGGACUCCCAGCUAACACUGAAUGGGGGAGAAUUUGAAAAUCAAUCUUCUCUCAGUAUGGUUCCUUUUAACUCUGAACCCUAUAACAUUGGUGUCAAUUGUUCCUCUAAUUUUCCAGAUAAUGGUAAAUAUAAUGAGACCUGGCAGAGUGCCAACCAAUUGCCUAAGUUGCAGUCCAUUUCGUUGCUUUCUACUGAUCCGUUUCAUGGUCAGAUUGCUCUGAAUAGGGUGAGAGACAAUAAUUCUUCGAAUGAUCCUCAAUUACAUUACAACCUACUUGAUAUUUCUUCCACCACCAUGGUUUCAGCAUCUCUUGAAGAUUCAAGAGAGGUUCAAUGUCAAGAAGGUAUGGUUGGCAAUGUUCUUCAAAAUAUGAGCCAAGCACCAAACCAGGGUUGGGGAGAACAAAAACAGAAUUACAACCACACCUCAAAUAAUGCAUUUGGUUCCUUGAAUUCGCAUAUUCCUUCCAAUGGCAUUGCAUCUCCCUUGGGCCAGGGUUUGAACCAGAAUAGUGGAAUCUUCAAUGGAAAGAUGGACAUGUUCUCGAGUGGCCAAUCAAAUGAAGUUGCUUCAACUCUUAUGCAGCAGAAUGAGAUUGAAAUUUCAACUGCUGAGUCAAGAAUGAGAUCCAAUGAUAACUUUCUUUUCGAGCAAACAAAGCUGCAAGGUGGUUUUGUUCCUCAAAUUUAUCAUUCCUUGGAUGAUUUAAUGAAUGUAAUGAUCAAACGGGAACAAGAUGGAACCAUGUCAGAUGGUGUCUUUGGAUUCGACAAUUCCUCUUUCGGAGCAGUUAUAUAAAGUAUCAUUCGCAGCUAAUUUUCUUUGCCUGGGAUUGAGCAACAGAACUAUCAAGAGUCUGUAUCAGUAUGAAAUCUGUCUUUCUUCUUCUCCUUUGUUUCUUUCGUUCAGGACGCUUUUUACUUUUUUCUCGGGAGGUCGGGGCUAGGAGGGGGUGAGGUUACUGAAUCAGUUCUUUACUUACAGAAUCUUUGGAAGUAACAUGGAUUCUAUAUCGUGUUAAUUUGUUACAUUCUCCAUAUCUACUUAGAAUUGUCGGUAUUUUUUCUGUUUUGUUUAUGAAAAUAGGUUCUUUUAUCGAAUUUCACCAGAUUUUGUAA